AUGAAAAUACUCUUGUUACUUGCUUUAAUUGCUUUUGCUUUUGCGGAAGAAAAUGAACUUGACAACACAUUUGAUAUUGAUUUCACUGAGUUAGAUAACGUAGAGCUUUUUGAAGAAGAAAAUAAUGAUGAAGAUGAUGAGUUCCAAUUAGAAGAAGAUGAAGAAGACGAAGAAGAUGAAGAAGAUGAAGAAGACGAUGAAUAUGAAUUAGAGGAGGAAGAGGAUGAUGACGCUGUUGCUGAGUCUUUGUUUGCUGAAUUUGAUGAUGAGGACCUUCUUGACUCUGAUGAAGGUCUUGAUGAUGACGACGAAUUAGAUCUUGAUGAUGAUGAUGAAGAUUUAGAAGAAGCAGACUUUUUUGAAGACGAUGAAGAAGAAGAUGAUGAUGGUACUGAAGAAGAAGAAGAAGAAUAUGAAUUAACUCAAGAAUGGUCAGAACAAGCAAAGUCAGAGGUUCAUCCAUUAGAUAAAAUUGAAUCAGCAGAACGACUUCUUGCUGAACUUGCUAACCAUCCAUAUCAUGGUAUGUAUGCACCAGCUUAA